UAGAGAGAGAGAGAGAGAGAGAGAGAGAGAGAGAGAGAGAGAGAGAGAGAGAGAGAGAGGCAAGCAUACAUGGCUGAACUUCAAAGGUCUGUGGCAUCUUUCAGAAGACAAGGCUCUUCAGGCUUGGUUUGGAACGACAAGUUCCUUUCAGCCUUCCAAGACCCCAAUAACCAAACUAAACCUAACAACCAACAACCUCCUGAUCCCCAACCGCUGCUCGAUCGCAGCCGCUCCACCGGAUCACGGCCUCACCGGGCCGUCAACGUCACCCUUCCUCCCAAGGAUCCGCCGUCUCCUAAAGUUCCUACCUGUGGACUCUGUGGCUUCUUCGGCAAACAAGCUGGCCCCAAUCAUCUCACCAAUCCAAAGUCAAAGAAACGUAGGUGAUUUUAUAUAUAUAUAUAUAUAUAUAUAGAUAUAAUAUGUAUGUGUAUAUAUGAACAAUAUCAUGAGGAUUUGAGCAUGUAAACUUGGACUGUUUCUUGAGCCUUAUAUUGCCUCUUUUUCAUCACUUGCGUUUUUUUGCGGUUGAGGUUCUUGUUAAGAAUGUGUUUUCCAUGGAAUUAGAGCAUAUAUAUAUAUAUAUAGACAUAUGUAUGCAAUCCAGUUUAAUGAUGUAUUGUACCUUUCAUUGACUCUAAUGUCCCGUGUUGAUCAUCUA